AAGUGUGGUUUUUUUUUAAUUUAUUUGGUGCAAUGCUAUGCAUUUUUAAUGACACAUAAGUUUUCAUUUUAUUCGACACAUUUUAGAAUUAAUUUUCCUACUCAAAUAUUCUCGUGGCCGUAUCUUAAAUAAAAUCUUAAACGUUCUAAGAACAAACGUGUUUAUCCAACUAUCCAUCCGUAUUAGCGGCUGCUAUCAAGCGAAUAAUUUAAUUUCCGUUAAAGCUCUCUUAUCGUCUACAAUUAUAUUCUACGAAGAGUGUUGUAACCAUCGGUCAAUGACAAUUCGAUGUUAAUUUGAUGGCUGUCAAAGUUGGCUGUUGAGUCGACUGGCUCGAGAGUCCCGUACUGUCCGGUUGCUUACGAGUCUUAUCAGCGCUCGCCUAGUCCCAACAAAUAUCAAAGGACACGAUAAAUUAACGUUAAGUAUGCGGUAAUAUUGUAACUAAGAAACCGUUAAAAGUUGAGGAAGACGUCCGCUACUCGAAGCUAAUUCUCGGCGCACUACGGCAUCCAUCAAGUGAGUCUGAAAGAUCAUCCGCGUGUGAAUAUCAGUGCUAUCUGACUUAUCUCUCGCACACAUCGAAGACGACAAACAUGGUGUCCACUUCCGGCCUAGUUUUCGUGCUCUUCGCCCUUGCGGUGGGUCGCGAGGGCGUGCUGUCCGCGUCGUCGGCGCGCGAGCUGCGCUGCGGCCGGCGGCUGGUGUCGGGGCUGUUCUCGCGGCCGCGACUGCCGCUCGGCUACUCCUACGUCACCACCGUGCCGCGCGGCGCCUGCAGGCUCAACGUCUCCGAGAUCACGCCAACUGAUAAUUAUAUAGCUUUAAAGAUUUCCAACGGGUCGUACAUAAUGAACGGCGAGUUCGCGGUGUCUGCGGCGGGCACGUACGAGGCGGCGGGCGCGCGCUUCGUCUAUUCGCGAGAGGGGUCGCUGGAUAGCGUGCUCGCACCAGGACCCAUACAACAAGCCAUCGACAUCAUGAUACUUUAUACGCAACCAAAUCCGAGUAUAAAAUAUGAAUAUUUCACGGACUCGCUACCUGGUGAGGUAGAAACAGAAUCUGUUACGAAAGAAGACUUUACUGAUGUUACACCUACAACUGUUGCUAAGCAUUAUAGAAGACAUCAUAGUUACGACACCUUUUCUAGACCUAGUGUGGUGGUCAGAAACCCGACUGGCAGUAAGGAACUAAGUACUGAUAAUGAAUUUGAUGUAGUCUUCACUGGUAACAGAAAGUUUUUAUGGAAGAUAAUGUCAUAUUCACCAUGCACAAGGAGUUGCGGUGGAGGCAUUCAGCUGGGCAAGUAUCGUUGUGUUGACUUAACGGCUAACGAUCAUGAAGUACCGUCAUCACACUGUUUUGGUACUGCUCCCCCCCCUCGGCGACGGCGCUGCGGCGGCAGCUCGUGUCCGCCCCGCUGGCGAGCCGCUGCCUGGUCCCAGUGCCCCAAGUGUGGGCCUGCGACCAAGACCAGGAUAGUGGGCUGUGUACAAGACCACUCGAAAGGAAUCACGAAGAUCAGCGACCAAAAAUGUCCAGCACCGAAACCUACAACUACAGAAACGUGCGACAUUCCUGAUUGUAAGAGUGGUUCUGAAGUGAGACCGGUGGCUUCAAAGCGAGUGCUUCGUCCGCGGGAACACACCGAUGCGUUCAGGGAAGGUCCCGUUUACUCUGUUGCGGUGAACAGCACUGACCUGGAUGUAGGACCGGAAUACUCCUUCAGCGCUACCGCCGGCUGGCUCUAUACGGAGUGGUCUGAGUGUGUAGGGUGGUGCGUUGGUGGUGGGAUGCAAACCAGGAACGUUCGCUGCGCCGACCCUGCCGGCUGCACGCCUAGGAAGGCUCCCGAGUCCACUCGCACAUGCACUCCCAAACUGGACUGUGAACCUCUAGAAGGACAGUGGUUCACUGGCGAGUGGUCUCCCUGUACAUCUCCUUGUGGCGGGAAGCAAGUCCGAGGAGUUCUCUGUAUCGGUGGUACUGGGAGACACCUGAAGGACACCGCGUGUCAUGCUGCAAAGCCUGCUCAUCAGAGAGACUGUUCCACAGGCUGCCAGCCGACCUGGUACUACAGUGACUGGGGACAGUGUUCGGGUAACUGCACAAGCGGGUCUAGCACCGGGGUCCAGCGCAGGUCGGUGGUGUGCGCGCGGCUGGACGCGGGCGCUGCCGGUGACGCGGAGUGCGGGCCCGCGCCGCGCGCUACCAGGGCCUGUGACCCGCGCUGCGACACCAACACUAUCACACCACUUACUAUCGGGGGGAUACCAUCGCCUCUUAAAAAAAGACUGUUGCAGUUAUGGAAGCGAGAUGCCGCCCUACUCCGUAAGUCUCAAAAAGGAUAUGCAACUACGCAAAGGACUAGCUCUACACAGCGUAUCCACCGGAAUGAAAUCGUAGCAUUGGCAGAUGGGGAGUGUAAGGACAGGCUGUACAACUGCAUGCUGGCAGUGCAGGCUCGACUCUGCCACUACAAGUACUACAUACAGAACUGCUGCCACUCCUGCUCCGGACGGUGAACUAACCUAUUAAUAUAGCUUUCGUUUCGGCUGAACGAGCACUUGCGGGACGACGAAUAUCAAUCGAUAAAUUCUUUGUACACAGAUUUAACUAUCACUUUGUCCAAGGAUUAUCAUUCAUCAUUUUUUAAAGUAGGAUUUUCAGUUGUGGAGACGCUUUAGUCGUGAUAUAUAGACGUGGCGGUUACGUCAAGUCAUUGACUCAAGUCUUGUCAAGUUACGUGAUCAAAAAAAAUUGUUUCCACAUAUUCUUACACUUAUACUUUUUGGCACUCAGAAAUACGUAAUUAAAAUGUACAAAAUGAGCUAAAGUAUUAAAGAGUUUUUUUUCAGAAAAUCUUCUGCACUGUAACACUAUUUGUUUUUCAGUUGAAAUUUUUGUAUUUAUCAUAUAACAUUACCAUUAAUCUGUGUACAUCGAUGUCGAGAUU